GGCUGUGCUAACCCAACAACCCCACACCACGGUGGGGAACCCGACAAGAGCCACAAGAGGCUGGAAAAUAAUAUCUAGAGGUUAUGCACGAGUCCAGAGCGGGGCUGUUGGCGUGUUAAAUCAGAGCCAGGCAACAGAAAAGUUGGGUUUUGAGUGUUGCUGAUGCUGCGUUUCAUUUCGGAAACCGUCAGGACCCGUGCGCCAGUGGCCGGCUACUAAAACAACGACCCAUGUCGAUGAUCUUCGCUCUUCGGUGGCUUCCGUAUCUCUCGCCCUGCGAAAUGAACCGGCAGGCUCCCCUCUAAGCUUUCGCCGGUCCGCUGCUGACACUGUGCAGUUGUUGCCAUCAUCCGCUGAUCCACGCUGGCUCUCCCUUCAGUUUCUGCUCAGCAUCCAUAUUUGCAUCCCAGGGAGUGGCAACCACUAAUCCCCCCUUAUUCAGGCAAGAAAUUGAAAGUUGGCCGGCUGUCGGACGCCCCCUCGGACGCUUUAAUUUCACAUAGGAAGCUAAACAUGGAGAGCGACAGCCACCACUCCCACAUCUAGUGCCUGAUCCACAAGCCUUCAUCACCCAGGGAGGAGCUCUCAGGUCCCGGCCGUCUCCCUGCCACCUUAGAAUGAAUAUGCUCAAGUCCAGUGGACUGAAAAUCCCUGGCCGCGGGCCCAAGCAUUCCAGCCCAGUGGGAAGGACCUCAGCGGGUGGAACAUCCAGCCCUGUUGUCCCUAAAGACAGCACUCCACUGAAGCCCACCACACCAACUAAAAUCUCUGAAGAGGGCGAUGAUGUUUUGGGGGACUACACAGUGGGCGAACAGGUCUGGGUCAACGGCGUCAAACCUGGAGUUAUCGCCUACCUAGGGGAGACCCAGUUUGCCCCGGGACAGUGGGCCGGCGUGAUACUGAAUGACCUAGUUGGCAAAAACGAUGGUUCAGUGGGUGGCGUGCGCUACUUUGAGUGCCAGCCCCUCCAGGGCAUCUUCACGCGACCCUCGAAGCUCACCCGACAGCCGGUCGGUGAGGGGAGCGACAGCCACUCCACUGACUCACUCUCUGCCCAGAAUCAGACUCAGCAGGGCAGCAGUGGCGCCCCCCAAGGCCAGCGGGUGGUAGUGCCGCUCAGAGAGGGCCUGCUCAACAGCGCUGUGAAAACAGGCAACGAGUCGGGGUCCAACAUGUCUGACAGCGGCUCAGUAAAGAAAGGUGGAGAUAAAGACCUUCGAGUCGGAGAUCGGGUUUUGGUUGGAGGCUCAAAGAUGGGAGUCAUACGUUAUAUGGGAGAGACAGACUUCGCCAAGGGUGAAUGGUGUGGGGUUGAGCUAGAUGAGCCCCUGGGGAAGAACGAUGGUGCAGUCGCUGGUACAAGAUACUUUCAGUGUCUUCCCAAGUUUGGCCUGUUUGCUCCGAUCCACAAGGUGAUCCGCAUCGGCUUCCCCUCCACCAGCCCGGCCAAGGCUAAGAAGAGCAAGCGGGUGGCCAUGGGGGUUUCCUCUCUGGCCCACAGCCCCAGCAGCUCCUCCAUCAGUUCAGUCAGCUCGGUGGCCUCCUCCGUGGGUGGACGACCGAGCCGAGCUGGACUGCUGACAGAAACAUCAUCCCGCUACGCCCGGAAGAUUUCCGGCACCACAGCGCUCCAGGAAGCCCUGAAGGAGAAGCAGCAGCACAUCGAGCAGCUGCUGGCCGAGAGGGACCUCGAGCGGGCCGAGGUGGCCAAGGCCACCAGCCACAUCUGCGAGGUGGAGAAGGAGCUGAGCGUCCUCAAGACGCAGCACAUGCAGUAUGUAACAGAGAACGAGAGCACCCUCCAGCAAGUCAAAGCCUUGUUGGCCAGCACACAGAAGGAUAAGCUGGAAUUGGCUAAUCAGCUUGAGGAAGAGAAAAGGAAAGUGGAGGAUCUCCAAUUCAGAGUGGAGGAGGAAUCCAUCACCAAAGGAGACCUGGAGGGAAGAUGCACUCAUGAUGCAGUAUCCUUGAGGUUGGGUAAGAAAACCAAGCAAACGACGGUUGAGGAGCAGAGUCGCAUCAUGCAACUGGAGGAAGAGCUCACCUUCAAAAAGGCCGAGAUCAAGAACCUCCAGGCUCAACUCCGAGGGUCUGACUCCAGCUCGCAGCAGGCCAACGACAGCGACGCAGCCGCCGGGUCCGACGCCCAGCCGGAGACCGCCCUCCUGCGCGAGCAGCUGCUGUUGGCGGGCCGCGAGCACUACAAGGAGAGCAGCGAGCUUAAAGAGAAGUACGAGACGGCGUUAGCAGCAAGCCAGCAGGAGAUAGACUCUCUGAAGGCAGUGGUGGAUAAACAGAACCAGGAGAUCAAUGAGAUGAAGCUGAAAGUCCAACAGGCCACUAAGGAAAACAUGGAAAUGAUGGACACCUGGAAGGCUAAAUUUGAGGCUUUAGUGAGCGACCACCAGCGAUCCUUGGAGGAGCUGAAGGCCACGUUGAGCACUGACCAUGCGACUCCAGAGGGCCAAGAGCAGGAUGCCCAGGAGCUGAGAGCCACUCUGGAGAGUCUGAAGAUGGAGCACCAGCUGGAGGUGGAGAAUCUCAAGGCCAAACACAAGAUUGAAGCUGCAGUUCUGACCAAGGAACGCGAGGACCUCUGCACUCGUCUUCAGGAGGCCAAAGACCAGCUGGCCAAGGGCAACCAGUCGUGGAGGGCCGAGGUGGAGGCCAAAAGCGGGAAGCAGGCCCUGGAGGAGGCAACUGAUAAGCUGCAGCAGGCGGAGCAGAGGCUGGCAGAGAUGGAGAAGCUUCAGACGGAGCAGAAUAAAAGCACAGAGGAGCUGAGAGAGAGACUGGAGCUGUCAGAGAAGAAGAUGAUGGACUACCAAGCCCUGCAGAAAGCCCAGGCCGAGAGCCAGGAGGAGAUCCAGAAACUGGAGGAGAAGCUGAGGGUCACGGCGAACCAGCUCCAGGCCAUCCAGGCGGACCGCUACACAUCCCAUGAUGCAAAUGUGAUAGAGGAUAAUGAAAUUUCAGAUGAGAAGAUGAAGCUAAAACAGAAUAUCGAAGAAACAAUGGAGAAGCUGUUGAAAAGGGAAAAAGAGGUCUCGACUCUCACUUCUCAGGUCGAAGCCCUCAAAUCACAGAUUGGAGCUCUGGAGGGCAAAGUUCGGUCAGGGGAGAAGAAGGCCGAGGCCCUGAGCAAGGAGAAGAUGCGUGUGGAGGCUGAGCUGGAGUCCAUGACCAGGAAGUCCCAUGAUGCAUCUGGGCAGCUGGUCAGCAUCAGCCAGGAGCUACUGAAGAAAGAGAGGAGUCUGAAUGAACUGAGGGUGUUGCUCCUGGAAUCACAUCGCCAUUCACGGGACAUGGAGAAAGACCUGAACCGAGAAGUGCGCAAGGCCGAGUGGAAGGUCAAGGAGCAGAAACUCCAGGAUGACAUCAAGACCCUGCGAGAUAAACUGCUCCUACUGGGUCGGGAACGAUCUUCACCGGACCACCGGCGACACUCCAUGCUCGACCCCUCGGCCCUGGACUCAGAGGUGAACCGCCUGCGCCAGCGGCUGCUCAGCACUGAGGAUGCCCUGAGGAACGCCCUGGAACACAACCAGCAGGUUGACCAACUGGUCCAGGCCAUGCGCAGGAAUCCGGAUAAAAGCCCGGUGCAUGGAGCAAAUUCAGCCAAUGGGGUUCAUCAUCAGGAGUCAGACAGUACUCAAGAUGAACAACGCUGAUAUGAGCAGAAGACAUGAGACUGAACAGAGACGUGGAGAGGUACAUCUUAAAAGGAAAAGCUCGUCCGACAUUUCUCCUGAUCCUGCGAUGGACACCUGAUGAACAUUUCAGUUUACACUUAAUACCAAAACAGUGAAUCUCUAUCUCCAGUGAAUUUAUGUGUUGUUGCAGAAAGCACCUAUUAGCCAAUCAUGAAGACCGCUUAAAGUACUAUAAGAUAUAAUCAGGAAAUGGGACAUGGACAUGAAGAGUUAUUAUCGGUACAACUGCUGAUAAAGUACAGUACGGCAACUUUUGAUGCUUUACAGUAGUUAGAAAGUUUGAAUCUACAAGUUGCCAGGAACUCUUUGACAAUUCAGAAUUUUGAUCCAGAAAGCAAAACAGCUGAUGGACAACGAUGUGAAGAACUAAAGAACUGGUCUCGGUUGCUUCGUUUGUUUUAUUUAUUACUUUUACCUUUGCUCCUCCGCUUUGUAAUAAUCAUCCGUACUGUAGGUGAGCUGCCUUGGCCAGUGACACUCAGAGAAACUCCCCGCUCAGUGAGGUGCCCUCACCUGAUGAGAAGACUGGUUGCAAAGCCAUCACAGUGACCCCAUUUCCAGUAUUCACACUCCUGCUUUCGUGCCCAUUUGUAAGUGAUCAGCAUCAUUGGAAGCAUUAAAAAAAGAAUACUCCACCCAAAGUCUGUCUUUUGAAUAUAAAACACAUUUCAUGUCCAUCCAUGAGCUGAGUUUAUUCCCAACACUACUACUUUGCCAAAAUAUGGCUAAAUUCAUUGCUUAAUCUUCAAGGACAGCCUUUUGAUACAGCGACGGACUGAUUUUAAGCAGUCUGUAAUUAGUUUUUCAUGUUUUUUGGCCUUGAUCUUUUUUUCUUUUGUGAAGUCAGUUACAAAAAGUGUGUUACAGACCAGUGCUGUCCAGCUAACAUUAACGCUUUAAGUACAAAGAAUAAAAGUCUUCAUUAAAUUACUAAUCAUGGACGUGUCAUGAUAAAAAAGAAAAAAAUGCAGAAAGUGGAGGAACGGUACAAAACAGUUCUGUCUGAGAGAAUUGGCACAAAUAUACAACUUAUCAAACAUUACAGGACAGCAUUUACCUAUUAUAUUUAUUUUAACCCUCAGGUAGAUAAUAAGGAGGUGGAAAGCAUCAUUAAUAGUGCAGAUACUUGAAGUUUGAUAUUGACUGGAGCUUUGUUUGGGGUGUGUGAAAUCAGAAAUAUACAUAUAUGCAAUUGUGAAUCACCAACAACUGCUUAUCAUGCUGUAUUCUACAUUAGAACAGAGAUUUAUCUGUUACAGGACUGACUGUGAUGAUUUCAAUACCAGUCCUCUCUCUUAAGGUGUUGGGUAAGGUGGCUGCUGGGUCAAUCUCCUGGAAAGCAGUUCUUUUCAGCCGUUGCACACGAGCGGACUCCCUGCUAGGACUGAGUAUUGAUAUGAACCAGCCUGGGAGGCCUGCUGAGCUCAGCUCUGAGUGAUGUUACAGUAUGUUUAUAGAAUGAAUACAGUGAAUUAUUCCGGACUUCUUCAUUCACUAAAACUCCGCCUGAACCUGUUCCCAUACAUCUCUUACUCUGUCAGUCAUGAUCAGCUAUUUUAUUUACUCUAGACUAUGUAUCAGUACAGACUCCAUCCAUACAUUAGUAUUAAUUAACUAUACAUAUGGUGCGACAUAGCAGCCCUAUCUGAUGUCCAUUUGAGCCCAGUUUAAUGAAUCAAAAUCUCCUGGAUUACUUUACUGACCUUUUGGUGAGUCUGCUGAAGGGCUGUUACUGGAGCUACAACCCAAACAACGGAUUUAAGAUGUUCCACUCAUCCUUCCCCAGGUUGACAACAUCUGGAUUUCAUUUGCAAACAUAUAUAGAAUUUAUUAUGUAAGUCUUCCAAAUAUUUGUUUUGUCCAUUUGUUGACUGAACAAGGAGAUCCUGUUUGUAGUUGGUGAUAGGUCGCUAUUGCUUUGCAGGAGACACUACGCAGAGGUGAGUGGUGUGCUUGGAGUAGUGUCUCCUGAGCAAAAUAUGUAGGGCAGGCGCUGGUCAGCACAGAUAAAACCUAAAUUUUCCAUUGGAUAUUGUACAUGGCCUUUUUAGCUGGAGGGUUCAUACCCUUUGGAUUAUUGCUGCAAUGGUUUCGGAGAUUGAGUCAUUAAAUAUUAACAAUGUG